AUGGGUGCAGUUAAAGUGAAGGCUUUGCCGAAGUAUGAGCAUCCACCCGAGACGAGGUGUCCACUGAAAUAUGCGGAUGUUCCUACCAUCGAUCUGGCCGACUAUGAUCGCCCAGGAGGCAGAGACAGGCUGGUGCAGCAGUUCCGACAACACAUCCACCACGAAGGAUUCUUCUACAUCACCAACAUCGGCCUCUCCCAAGAAGAAAUCGAUCUUCAAUUUGCCAUCGCCAAAGCAUUCUUUGAAUUACCAGAAGAAGAACGACUCAGACACCGGGCCCCCUUGGAAACAGGGAGCUAUAACGGAUAUCGACCUCUAGGAGCCCUCAGCCUCUUUCCAGGGAUGCAAGACACCUUGGAAUUCUACAGUAUUUUCAAAUUCAUUCCCCAAAGUGAACGAUCCCACCCCGACAUCAUUCGCCAAUACUCCCGAGAGAUCGAGGGAUUUUCCCGACACAUGCACGAAAUUGUUUCAUUCAAAAUACUCCGAGUACUUGCGCUGGUGCUCGAGCUACCCGAAGACCAAUUCGUGAACGGCAACCGCUACGAGGAUGAAUGCGACAGUUCUAUACGCUACAUGCUGUAUCAUGCACGGUCGCAGAGGGAAAACCAGACCUUUGACAACGUGUAUUUCCGUGGCCAUACAGAUAAAGGAACACUGACAUUUCUAUUUCAACAAUCCAUCGCAGCCUUGCAGAUUCAAUCCACGAAAGAAGCGGAGUGGGAGUAUUUGCGAAUUCCUGCGGGCUCUGUUGCUGUAAACAUUGCCGAUACUCUUCAAUUCUUGACCAACGGGUACUUGAAAAGCGGCUUUCAUCGGGUGAUAGCGCCCCAAAGGGAUCAGGCUCAUUUGGAUCGGCUGGCGUUGCUGUAUUUUGUACGACCGACGGACAAAUUACCGUGGAAGACGCUGGACAGUCCAUUUCUGAGGAGGUGUGGGUAUGGGAAGAUGUCAAGUGAGAAUGAUCGGGAUAUUACCGGGCUGGAUUGGUGGAGGGCUGGAGUUAAGGCUCGGAAAGGUGCGAAUUAUAUGAGUUCGGCGGCUAGUACGACUUAG